UUUGGGUUUUUUUUUUUGUUCAGUGGGAUUUGGACUUUUUUUUUCUUUUUGAAAUCAAGAUUAAAAAAAAAAAUAAAUAUUUCCAAGAUGACAGAUAUGCACUUUAAAUGUUGUAAACUUCAUAUAUUUAUGUUAACUCAGAAACCAGAAAAUACUAUAAAAGGCUUGUCAGAUUUAAUUAUGGUUUGGCAAUUAUUGUUAUCACUACUCAUACUGUACUGCAAAAUAUUUUAGUAUUAUUAAUAAAGUUUCCUUUAAACAUUCAGUUGCUCAGAAGCAAGUCUACCAGUAUAAACAAGUUGGACAGAAAUAAACUUCCCCCCCCCCGAGCUUAAAAAUGCCACUUUUUGGCUGGAUGAAAUGGUCAAAAAAUGAUUCCUACAAACCCACAAGAUAUCCUGGAUCAGAAGUAGUUAUAAAAACCCUACUGAGGGAGUUAAAAUGGCACCUGAAAGAGCGUGAAAGACUAGUGCAAGAGAUUGAAAAGGAACAAAAAGUCCAGAAGACUGGCUUGGAUUACAACUGGCUGAAGAACCAUCAAAACCCUCAAGCAACAAUUCCAGCUACUGAGCAACGGCAGCUUGAAGUUCUGUGCUCACAAAUCCAGCCUUACCAAACAGGAGCUGUUCUCAGCAGAUUUCGUGAAGUUUUGGCAGAAAAUGAUGUUUUACCCUGGGAAAUAGUCUACAUAUUCAAGCAAGUUUUGAAAGAUUUUCUUGCCAACAGUGAGAGAGAAAAUCAACAAGACCAAAUGGUAGAUGCACGGAAUACAAAUUGCUCUGACCAUCUCAGCCUGCGUGGAGACAGUUCUAACAAAUCGGACAAAGAUGAAAUUCCCACGGUUUCAAGUUAUGUCGACAAAAAUACACAAAGCAUGUUUCCCACCUUCUCUGAUAGAAUCUGGAAUCUACCCUACUACUACCCGUCAGGUUAAGUUAGUCUUUCAAAAAAGCUACGUAGCCUUCAACAUUGCUUUCUUGUGACUGCCAUCCACAAACAUGGGAAUAAGAAAUGUGCCAUGCUCCUCUUUUUUUCCAAGUUCAGAAAUUAAAAUCCUCGAUUAGAGCUAGUAUGCAGUAAACAAAAGUCCUUUUAUCCUUAUGGUUCCUUAAAGAUACUGUGUUUGGAGGCACCUUUUAACCAAAAAUGUAGAUUAGCCAUAUAGAGCUAGACAUAUUUAAACAAGAAAGGACUGCUUUCCAUAUUUUGAAUUAGCAUCAAUCCACAAAGAUUUAGGCAAACACCUCUGUAUUUGUCACACAGCUUUUAGGCUUUAUGGGAACUUAUACUGUGUAAAAUAAAUGGUUUAAUAUAGUAUCAGUUAUACCAAAUAAACUGUUAAAUACAUUUUGGAGCUGAAUAGUUAUUUCUCAAAGUCAAGAACUAUUCUAAAAUGAAAACAAUGUCUGAAAUUAUAACAUGCUGCAUGUAGUGUUUCUAUUUUUUUUUAACCUGAACUGUACCCCACAUGUUCUUAAGUACAGUAACGGUAGACAACUAAAUGAAAACAUCAAAC